GUAUUGCUAAAAUUUUAAUAUUCUGAUUUUGAAUUUUAUUGCAAGUGGACGUGUUUCGUACAUCGGAAAAAAAAUUCUUUUUAUUUUAUUUUCAUAAAAGUUUGCCAUUUGAAUUAUUUUGGGCAAAAGUAUUGAAAGGAAAACCCUCACGUAAAAAAAAUAAUAAAAUCAACAAACAUGGUGAGGGUGAUACUGAGCUGCGUCUUCCUAAGCUUCCUUAUGCAAACUUCACUCGUUUCUGGAGGGUUACCUGACUGGGUACCACCAGAAAUUAUUGAAAUGGCAGCAGGAGAAAAGGGAAGAUGCAUGUCUGAGCAUGGAACCACACAAGGUAUGAUUGAUCAGGUUAACGCUGGUUCUAUUCCAAAUGACCCUGCUUUAACUUGCUACAUGUUUUGCCUUUUUGAAUCCUUCAGUAUAGUUGAUGAAGACGGUGUACUGGAGUACGAAAUGCUUCUUGAAAUGUUUCCAGAAGAUAUUAAAAAUAAAGCAACUGGUAUUCUAGGAGGUUGUGCCACACAAUCUGGAGCCGACAACUGCGAGAAAGUCUACAAAAUUGCCACGUGUGUUCAGGGCAAAGAUCCCAGCAUGUGGUUUAUGAUUUAGAACCAUUAAAAAAACACUGGCAAUGAAAUGAAAAUGGGCGAAUUUAUUGAUGAACGAUUUAAGUAUUGGAAGAAAAAACGAAAUUACCUAAUUCAGGAUUUGUUUUAUUUUAAGUUACUUAGGAGCGAGAAAAAAUAAGUUUGAACUUUUGAUUUAUUAUUCAAAGUUUUAAGGACCGACGGAAUGUGUUAAUGUCAGUGUAUAUAUGUGUGUGUGAAUGAAAAAAAAAAGAAAAGUACGUGACAAAUUCAAUAUACACAUACAAUAAAAUGUUAUAAUUAUCAAUGCGCCUUUUCUGGACCUGGGUAACUACCAAAUAUAAUCAAUUAUCAAUAAAGAGUACUAUAAAAAAUAAAUAGAAAAUAAUAAAACAGUUAUAAAAGUUA